UCCAAGGCAAGCCAAAACCCCUCAAAUAACUCCCCUCACAACAAAAUUUUCAGACAAGAAAAGAAAGGAAUUCACACCCCCUAUAUCUCUUUGAUCUCUUAAUUUCUUUCUCAGCUAGGAAUUCUUCAAGCUAGGCUCUAGCUUUUCUUGAAAUUCUUCAAACUACUUGAUCACAAACUCUUCUCUUUCAAGAAUAUGGCAAUAGUUUUUUGCAAAAUUGCCAUGAUCCUCCUUCUGGUCAAUUCCCUCAGUUUUUCAGGAGUUCUGUCGCUUGGAAUCAACUACGGCCAGGUCGGAAACAAUUUGCCGCCACCGGAGAAAGUCCUCGAUUUACUGAGCUCUCUCAAGAUAACAAAAGCCAGAAUCUACGACACAAACCCGGAAGUACUAACCGCAUUCGCCAACUCUGGCACUGAGCUGAUCGUAACAGUAGAGAACGCAAUGCUAGCCCAGCUAAUGGAUCCCCAACAAGCCCUCCAAUGGGUCACCACCCACAUCAAACCUUACUUCCCUGCCACAAUGAUCACCAGCAUCGCCGUUGGGAACGAGGUCUUCACCGACGACGACACGACGACGUUUAUCGACAACCUCGUCCCGGCCAUGAUCAGCAUUCACUCCGCAUUGGCGCAAUUAGGUCUAGACACGUACAUCAAAGUUUCAACUUCAAGUUCUUUGGCGGUUCUCCAAGAAUCCUACCCGCCGUCGGCCGGUAGCUUCAAAACCGAAGUCUCCGUCGUCAUGUCGCGGUUGCUGCAGUUCCUGUCCAGUACUAAAUCACCCUUUUGGAUCAAUGCAUAUCCGUAUUUUGCUUAUAAGGACAACGCCAAUAAAAUUCCUUUGAAUUACGUCCUUUUCAAUCCCAACUCAGGCAUGAUUGAUCCCUACACAAAACUACACUACGACAACAUGUUGUACGCUCAGGUUGACGCCGUGAUUUUCGCCAUUGCGAGGCUGGGCUACAGCGGGAUCGAAGUUGGGGUUUCGGAGACGGGGUGGCCGUCGAAAGGCGACGCCAACGAGGUCGGAGCGACGGUUGAGAAUGCUGCGAUUUACAAUCGGAAUCUGUUGAGGAGACAAAUGGCAAAUGAAGGGACUCCCUUGAGGCCUAAUAUGAGAUUGGAAGCUUAUUUGUUUGCUCUGUUCAAUGAGGACAUGAAACCGGGUCCCACAUCGGAGAGGAACUAUGGCCUGUUUCAACCUGAUGGAACUAUGGCUUACAAUGUGGGAUUGUCUGCUUUGUCCACAACUUCAGCAUCUUCGGCUUCAAUCUCUCUCACUUCUUCUGCUACCAAGGCAGCUAGAAUGGAAAAUCAAAGCUUGAUGUACUGGAUGUUUGUGUAUUUGCUGACCUUCCAAGUUUUUAUGAGAAGACCAUUUUAAGCAAAUGGGAGUUCGUGUAAAUAUACAUUAGUUUUUGGUAAGAGAAAAAAAAAAAAAAGGAAAAACAAAAGAAAUUUGUGGCUUUUCCUUUUGCGGUCUUUUUAUUCAUAUUACAGACCACAUGAUAAAGUUAAGUCUCAUUUAAACCAAGACAUUUUGCACAUGACAGACCACCAUUAUCUUUCAAUUCCCUCUUUCUCUAAACAAACAUGCUGUAUUACUUCAGUGGGCCCACAACCUUUAUCAAACGGGUAAAUUUCAAUCAUAUAUACACCCCACGAAAUCAUCAUGAGCCGCAUCUUGUCGACCUCGGGAUCUCAAGACUCAUUUGGCAGAAGAUGAUCAUAUAUUUAAUUAUUUUUUGUUAGAGAAAUUAUUAUUAGCCGUAGCCAUUCUUUGACUAUAGCUAGUUAUUAUAAAGUACGUAUUGUGCAAGAUGUAUUGUAAAAUGACUAUUAUUUCUCAAAUUUGUUCCGACAUUAC